GUGUGUUUGGCAAAGCGCCAUGUUGACUACUGGCAACCUUCCGCCAAGAAGACUGCUGAGCGUGCGCACACCCAGGCCGCGCUGUAAGAAGUCCUGCUGGGCCUGGGAGGCAUUCAGAAAAAGGAAGUGGGUCCAGUUCUCGUUCUUGCGACUGUAGUCACCUCCCGAGCAAAUGACCACUGUCCUGGGAAAACGUGGGUGAGAGGCAGGUGAGUGGAGGAGGGAUGGCAGCAUCUGUGGACUGAGCAAGAAGAAUCUCUGAUGUCUGUGAAAGAAGCGGGCCGGGCGUGGUGGCUCACUCCUGUAAUCCCAGCAUUUUGGGCGGCCGAGGCGGGUGAAUCACAAGAUCUCUGCCCCUUUGUCCGAAGAGCCAAAAAUGACCAAGUCCUUGGCAUCCUCUGGGCCAGUGGGGAAUUGGGGAGCCUUGCUGUAUUACUGCCAGGAAUCAGUUUCAUUCAAGGAUGUAACUGUGGACUUCAGCAGAGAUGAGUGGCAACGAUUAAACAUUGCUCAGAAAAGUCUGUACAGAGAUGUGAUGCUGGAAAACUAUUUCAACUUGAUCUCAGUGGGGUGUCAAGUUCCCAAACCAGAAGUCAUCUUCAACUUGGAACAAGAAGAGCCAUGUAUGUUGAAUGGUGGGAUCUCCAGUCAGAGCUGUCCAGAUGGGAAAAUUGGUUUUGAACCUUUACAACAGAGAAUGUCUGAAGAAGUUUCUUUCCAGUCUGAGAGAAUUAAUCUCUUCACAAGAGAUGACCCAUAUUCCAUUUUAGAAAAGUUGUGUAAAGAUGAUGAACACACGAGAAGAUGUGGAGAAAACCAGAACAAACCUUUAAGUCGUGUUGCCUUCAUUCACAAGAAAACACUAGCUAAUGACAGGGUCUGUGACUAUAAGGUUAUUGGGGAAAUAGUUCAUGUAAACACACACCUGGUUUCCUCAAGAAAAAGACUCCAUAACUGUAACUCAUUUGGAAAGAAUUUGGAGCCUAUUAUAACCUUAUAUAAUGGAAAUCCAACAGAUGAUUCUGAUGAGAUUAUUGGAGAUGGUGAUAUUUUUACUCAUAUGAAUUCUCAUAUAGUAGUGACUGCUUGUGAAUGUAAUCAAUGUAGGAAACCUGUCCAUCAUAAGCAAGCUCUCAUUCAACAUCAGAAAAUUCAUACUAGAGACAGCCUCUAUUUGUUUUCUGACUGUGUAAAUGUUUUCUCCCAGAAUUCACAUGCCUUUGCACAUGAGAGUAUUUGUACUGAAGAAAAGCAGCAUAAAUGCCAUGAAUGUGAGGCAGUCUUCACUGAGAAGUCUCAACUUGAUGGCCAUCAGAGGGUUUAUGCAGGAGAGAAACCUUGUGUAUGCAGUGAAUAUGAGAAGGAUUUUUUCCUCAAGUCAAACAUUCAGAAAACGCCUAAUGAGGAGAAUUACUAUAAAUGCAAUGACUAUGGGAGAGCCUUUAUCCAGAAGUCAGAUCUGUUCAGAUGCCAGAGAAUUCAUUCUGGAGAAAAACCCUAUGUGAACAGCGAAUCUGAGAAAACCUUCUCUCAGAAUUCAAACCUUAAUAAAAAAAUUCAUACUGGAGGGAAACACUUUGAAUGUACUGAAUGUGGAAAAGCCUUCACAAGGAAAUCAACACUAAGUAUGCAUCAGAAAAUCCAUACAGGAGAAAAACCCUAUGUGUGUACUGAAUGUGGGAAGGCCUUUAUCCGGAAGUCACAUUUUAUCACACAUGAAAGAAUUCAUACUGGGGAAAAACCCUAUGAAUGCCGUGACUGUGGGAAAUCCUUUAUUAAAAAAUCACAACUCCAUGUGCAUCAGCGAAUUCACACAGGAGAGAAUCCCUUUAUAUGUUCAGAAUGUGGGAAGGUUUUCACUCACAAGACAAAUCUCAUUAUACACCAGAAAAUUCAUACUGGAGAAAGACCCUAUAUAUGUACUGAAUGUGGUAAGGCCUUUACUGACAGGUCAAAUCUCAUUAAGCACCAAAAAAUUCAUACUGGAGAGAAACCUUAUAAAUGCAGCGACUGUGGAAAAUCAUUCACCUGGAAGUCACGGCUCAGGAUACAUCAGAAGUGUCAUACCGGAGAGAGACAUUAUGAAUGCAGUGAAUGUGGGAAAGCAUUCAUUCAGAAGUCAACACUAAGUAUGCACCAGAGAAUUCAUAGAGGAGAAAAACCAUAUGUUUGCACUGAAUGUGGUAAGGCCUUCUUCCACAAAUCACAUUUUAUUACACAUGAAAGAAUUCAUACUGGAGAGAAACCCUAUGAAUGCAGUAUUUGUGGGAAAUCCUUCACUAAGAAAUCACAACUCCAUGUACAUCAGCAAAUUCACACAGGAGAGAAACCCUAUAGAUGUGCUGAAUGUGGAAAGGCUUUUACUGACAGAUCAAAUCUUUUUACACACCAGAAAAUUCACACUGGAGAAAAACCUUAUAAAUGCAGUGACUGUGGGAAAGCCUUCACUCGGAAGUCAGGUCUCCAUAUACAUCAGCAAUCCCAUACUGGAGAAAGGCAUUAUGAGUGCAGUGAAUGUGGGAAAGCCUUUGCAAGAAAAUCAACACUUAUCAUGCAUCAGAGAAUUCAUACAGGAGAGAAGCCCUAUAUUUGUACUGAAUGUGGGAAAUCCUUCAUCCAGAAGUCACACUUAAAUAGACACAGGAGAAUUCAUACUGGAGAGAAACCCUAUAAAUGCAGUGACUGUGGGAAAUCUUUCAUUAAGAAGUCACAACUCCAUGAGCAUCAUCGAAUUCACACAGGAGAGAAACCAUAUAUAUGUGCUGAGUGUGGAAAGGCCUUCACCAUCAGAUCAAAUCUUAUUAAACACCAGAAAAUUCAUACUAAACAGAAACCCUAUAAGUGCAAUGACUUGGGGAAAAUCUUAAACUGGAAGCCGCAACUCAGUAUGCCUCAGAAAUCUGACACUGGGAAAGCAGAGUGCCCAAUGCCACAAUUAUGGUAUAGGGACUCAGGAGGUGACCAAGGCCAGCUUUCUUCUAUCUAGUUGGAAUUAUGAACAUCUGGAUUAUAUAGCUGAUACCCAGUUACACAUAUGGGGAGAUACUCUCAGUAGUAUUUAAGCAAUGUAUAGUGGCCAUAUUUACUUACUUAACAGACAUUGGUGUUAUCAAGCUCCUGCAAAUAAUACUAAAUGUGCAAGGAAAUGACUUGCAUUCUUGUUUCACUUUUUGGGCAAACAGUUUUAUAAAUUCAGGGCUGUUGAGUUUUUCAUGUUCUGGGUACUAUUCAGUAUUGACACAAUAAAAUUCAUAAUGAGUAGAGUGAUAAUUUUACAUUGUCUAAGCAGCUUAAGGACACUGAGAUCAAGACAAAAGGAGGGCAAUUCAGGUCUAUACUGAAAAUAGAUCAGCAGUUUUUGUGAAAAUUGACACUAAAGACAGAAAGAGAGGACUCUACUUUUUUUCUCUUUUCUUUGGGAAGUCACCAUUAUAUAUUGUUAUAUGUGUUGGUAUAUGCCAAGACAGCAGGUACCAAGGAGGUCUGAAAUUGCUCCUGGCCUAUUUAUCAAAAGCCUAUUUUCCUAAUGAUGUACAGUCCUCUAACUCCUUAUCACCUUGGAACUGGCCCUAAGAUCGUGGAACAUAGCUACAGGGACCCAACUCUAGAUAGCAGCACUUUAGAUCCUCAGCUUUGAUCACAGAAACCUGCACUUUGUGGAUAUUGUUGUUACCAAUUCCUGUUUGAAAAAUAGGACAAAUUAAGAAAAUGGAUGUCAAACCCUAAAAUUUUUUUUGAUUUUCUUAGUACAUUCUGUACAUACAUAUUCGUUACUUGCUAGAUUACCAUGAGUUUGUUUCAUUAGGAGAUAAAAUGUAGUUGAACAUUUGGAAGACUUCUCCUUUUAUCUCCUGGCAAUCUUUACAAACUAAUCUUAAUUAAUUUUGUUUUUCAAAUUCUCUGUAUUUGAAUAGAUGUUUUUUGUCUUCUAUCAGAUACUGAAAGAAGUGUGUUGUAAUUUUACAAAUAAUUGUGAAUAUGUCUACUUUAGAGCUACUAAUUUUUGCUUUAUGUAUUUUGUCUUUGAUUUUACAUACAAUUUAGAAUUGUUGCAAUCUUCCUAGUUAAUUGACACAUUAUCAUUAUUAGAUGUUUCUUUUUAUCGCUAGUAAUUUUUUGCCUUAAAUAUACUAUAUCAGAUACUUAUAUAAUAUCUGUACUGAUUAAAAGCUAAUGUAAAUUAGUACUAACAAUAUUUCUGGACAAGGGGAAAAGUUAUAACAUUUAUUCCAUUUAUCUGUCCCUCAUAUGGUAUUGAUGUUGUAUAUUUGGAUUCUGUAUAUGGUGGACAUAGCCAAUCAUUAUUUGAGUCAAUAUCCGUUUAAAUUAAUCCACAUAUUUAUCAUUUUCAUUACUUUUUUAUUCCUUCCUGUCCCUUAAGUUUUUCUUUAAAAAUUUUUUGUUUUCUUACUGAAAAACACCCUUUAGUAUUUCUCUUACUGUGAGUCUGCUGGUGACAAAUUGUUUUUCGUUUGUUGGCAAUGUUUUAUUUUGCCUUCAUUUUUGAAGGAUACUUUUAUUGAAUAUGGAAUUCUAAGUUGAAAGUUAUUUUCUAUUAGUAUUUUGAUGAUAUUUUCUUUUGGUCUGUCUUUUAUUGUUUUAUUGAGAAGUAAGCUUUAUACAAUUACCUUUGUAAGAAAUCUGCUUUUCUGUCUUCUUUGAAAUUUAUCUAUUUGUCUUUUUAACAGUUGCACAUUGAUAUGCCUAGGUGUAAUUUCUCUAUGUAUUUAUCCUCCUUGGAGUUUAUAAUGAUUUUUAAAUUUGUGGCUUAGUAGUUUUUGGGGUGUGUGUGUUGUGUGCUUGCAUGUGUGUGCAAACACAUGCAUUUUGGGAAAUUCCUAGCUAUUAUCUAUUUAUGCAUCUGCCUCAUUUUCUCUCUUUCUUUUAGGGAUAGCCUUCUUACCUAGCUCUCCUGUUGGCCUAUUUCUAAUGGUUGGUAUUUUUCUCCAGUUUUGCUGAUGUCCUAUCUCUUUAUAUCAUGAUUUUUUUAUAUCACUUGCCAGACAAUAUAUAUUAAAAUUGUAGAGGUAAUAAGAUGGUCUGGAUAAUACCUUCUUCCACAGAAGAUUUACCAUAGCUUCUAACAGGUGAUUAGGCUAGGUCACUAGUAAUUCCUGAUUGCCUUUAUCCAGUCACGUAUUGAGAUCAUUUGAAACUGGGCUUGAGUCUGAAAGACUUCUCUUAUUUUAUUAUAUGUUCAAAAUGUGAACAUAUAAACCUUAUUUCUAGGAUAAUUUUAGGACUUAGGACUUUUGGAGGUAUGUCAGGCCCUUCUUCUUUGGAAAGACUUGAAUUCUAGUAUUUGUCCUUCAGACACUUGAAUUUGUCAAAAAUUCUCUCCAGCCUCUCUUGCCCAGUAUUUGCCUUCAGAACUAGCAAAUACCUCUUAACUAUAAACAGUCCCAAAUUUCAGGCACUAUGUCUUGUCUCUAUUUUAUUCCUGCAGUUUCUCACUGCUGUGAUAACUUUCUUAUGCCUUCAAGAAAUUAAAUGUGUUUAAUAUUUUCAUCCACCUUUUUUAGUUCUCAAAGGAAGUACUAGUCUGUACCACCUAUUUUGCCACUGGCACAAGUUUUCAACUCAUUGAGAUAGCUGUUUCUAUUGAAGAAGUAUCAAGACCAAAAAUCUAUUUUCUAAAUUACCAAAAUUACUGACUUGUAAAUGAAAAUGCUUAGAUUUGCAGUAUUACUUUAUUCCAGUCUUUUGUUGCUAAAAGUCUUAAGGCAUUCGCUCAUUUGUUAAAACCUUUACAAACUUUGAUACGUAAGAGAAAAUUACCUCUGGUGGUUUCAGUUUUUUUUUUUUUUGGUACCUGCCAAAUUUUAGCAAAUGGAAGAGAUUGACUAAAAGCUUCUCGCGCGCGAUGUCUUUUUUAAUACUAUGAUUUUUCCUUUGUAUAAUUAGUAGAAAAUGGGGUUAAUGAAGACUGGUAUAGAGUACCAAGUUUUGAAAAAUUAACUUUGUAGGAUUACUGAGCUAGCGAUUCUCAACCUUUAUUCUCAAGCACAUAUUUAGAAAAUAGAUUUUUACACUCCCAAGGAAAAGAAAAAAAGUAUAAAAGAGCUACUUGACCUUUUGUCAACACAGGAUUGAGCUCCAGAAGAAAGAAAGACUUUCUUGUAUCUCAAGGAGCACUUGUGAAUUGAUUGAGGAAUAAAUUAUCUAAAACUUUGAGUGAAUUGGGAGAGCUAAAUGUUAAGUAGAACUCAAAGGUUAGUAUAGUUUGGAGGCUUGUGGAAUAUAGACUUUACUAGGGAAAACACUGUGUUAGCCGUAUCUCCUCUUUUUUCUUUUUUUCUUUUUUUUUUUUUUUCUGUGAUAGAGUAUUGAUCUAUCACCCAGGCUGGAGUGCACUUUCGCAGUCUUGGCUCACUGCAAGCUCCUGGGUUCAAGCGAUUCUCAUGCCUCAACCUCCCAAGUAGCUGGGAUUACAGUCAUGGACCACCACACCCAGUGAAUUUUUGUAUAUUUAGGGAAGAUGGGAUUUCACUAUGUUGGCCAGGCUGGUCUUGAACUCCUGGUUUAAGUGAUCCACCUACCUGGUCCUCCCAAAGUGCUAGGAUUACAGGCGUGAACCACUAUGCCAAGCCAACCAUUUCUUUUUAUGCCAGCACUCUAUUAUAAUUCAUCUGUAUUUACAGAAAACUAUUUUAAGAGAGUUUUACAGUUAAAUGUUUUAAUAAAAAUGCAUUUUGUUCUAUUUUAUUAAUUUCAAUGUUUUUUUAAAUUUAGUGACAGGGUCUGUCUCUGUCACCCAGGGUGGAGUGCAGUGGUAUGAUCAUAGCUCACUGUAGACUUCAACUCAUAGGCUCAAGCAACCCUCCUGCCUUACCCUUCCAAGUAGCUCAGACCACAAGCUUGUGCUACUACACCUGGCUUUUUUUUUGAAGUGGGGGUGCAGGGAGAGAUGAGACCUUGCUUUGUUGCCCAGGCUUCAAGCAGUCCUCCCACCUUGGCCUCCCAAAGUGCUAGGAUUACAGAUGUGAGCCACUGAACCUAGCCAAAAAUGCAUUUUAAAUUAAUUUUUUAAAAAUGAAUCAUACUGCAAAUUCAGAAAAUAUAAGAAAACAUAUACUCAAACAUUUAAUUAUGCAUUGAUAAUUCAUGGGGAGAGUAAUUUUCUGUUUGUACUGAAUGUGGGUAGGGUUUUCUUUAAAAGUCAUACUUAAUUAUAGAUCAGAAAAUGUAUGCUGGAGAGAAACUUUAUGAAUAUGAUGACUAGGGAAUCUUCCACUGAAAAGUUAACAACCUGAACAUAGUAAAUUCACACAUGAGAAAAAGCAAUAAUUCAAAUCCCAUUAUACAUUAAAAACAAUUCGGAGAACAAAGCCUAUAAGAACAGUGACUGAAGACACUUCACCUGGAAUUUAUCAGAAUGUUUCCAUCAGAAGGAGACAACAAAAGAGCAAAUGUGAGAGUAGCUUCACACGGAAAUCAGUUCUCAGUAUUCUUGAGCAUUUACACAUGCGUAAAAGUGUAUUUAUUGAAAGUGAAAAAGUCUUCACGGAACUCAGAACCAAUUUUAAGUUAUUCAUACUACAGAGAAGCCCUGUGACUACUGUACAAUAUAUAUUGUAUAUGGAAAAAUCUUUGUCCAUGAGUCACACCUCACUGUAUACCAGACAAGUAAUUGAGAAGAAUACGUCUUCUAAGAAUACAUCAUUUUAUUAAAUGCUAUAAAAUUCAAGUAGAAAAGAAAAUCUAUUUGAUACAUUGCAAAAAGUCUUCCUAUAGAAGCAGAUUUCAUAAUGAAUAUAAUUCAUUUUGUUCACUGAUUUAACUUCAAGCCCAUGUCUCAAACCAGUGGAGAAAAACAGACCAUCCAACACUUGCCUAUCCUUUUGUUAAAAUAAAUAUUUACAUAUACACACACAUACAUACAUAUAUAUAUAACUUGGCAUAAGUGUGACUUUAUUUACUUUAGAGACAGGAUUUCAAUCUUUUGCCCAGGCACCCAGGUGGGAGUCUAGUAGCACAAUCCUGGCUCACUGCAGCCUCGACCCCCUGAGCUCAAGUGAACCUCCUGCCUUAGCCUGUUGAGUAGCUGGGACCAUGGGCACACACCACAAUACCUACUAAUUUUUUUAGUUUUUAUAGAGAUGGAGUCUUGCUAUGUUUCCCAGGUUGGUCUCAAACUCCUAGCCUCAAGCAGUUCUUUUGCCUCAGCCUCCCAAAGUGCUGAGAUUACAGGCAUGAGUUACCACCCCUGGCCUAACUGUAACUUUUAUAUUUUAUGUCUUCUCAAUUUUUGUGCCUCCAUUCAAAGCAACUCCAAUAGUCUGUCAACAGAUAAUUAAAGCUAAUCCACUUUACAUUUUUGUAUAUAUUCACAAUCACAGUCGCAUUAAUGUCAUCUGUAACAUAUAUUAAUGUUUGUGUUUUCAUUGUCAUACAUAAGAGAGAUUAUAUACUCAUUUUUGCACCCUUUACAUUUAAUGAUUUUUAACUAGCUGAAGAGAGUCCAUGGUGUGGACGUACUACAGUUUUUUUUACCAUAUUGCCACUGGUUAUUCACAUUUUUGUCAUAAAGAAAAAUGAUCUUUUAUAACUCCCUGAGAAAUUAUUGGAUAAGUACAAUCAUGCUCUUACCAAUGGGAGAUUACUUUUUUCUGUAGCAUAUGCUUCUAGUAAUGGGAUUGAUCAAAUGGUACAUGUUAUUUUAACAGAUGUUGCCAGAUUCCUUUGUCCUAAGACUAGCUUUUUAUAUUUUGAAUAUUAGUGUAUAAAUGUACAUCUUUCCCCCUACUAAAAGUAGCUGUUGCUCUUCCCCCCUUCUGCCCCCCCAAGACUGAGUCUCUAUUGCCCAGGCUGGAGUGCAGAGGCACCAUGUUGGCUCACUGCAACCUCUGCCUCCUGGGUUCAAGCGAUUCUCGUGCCUCAACCUCCCAAGUGGCUGGGAUUACAGGUUUCCACCACCACACCCGGCUAUUUUUUGUAUUUUUAGUAGAGUUGGGGAUUCACCAUAUUGAUCAGGCUGGUCUCAAACUCCUGAAAUCAAAUGAUCCACCAGCCCCAGCCUCCCAAAGUGCUGGGAUUACAGGCAUGAGCUACCAUGCCUGGCCGCUGUUACUCUUUAACCUUGAGAAGUUUUACAGUUCCAAGUGACCUCUAAUUAUAAUUUGUGUAUUAACAUGCCUCUAAAUGUGUCUUGGCCAUUUGAAUUUGCUAUUGUGUAAAUUGCCUUUAUAAACUAUAUAUUUUUCUUUUUUGAUUGUUUAGCUUAUUAAUUUAUAACAGCUUUUUAUGUUAAAGGGAGUAAAACCUUUUUUGGAAAACAUCUACUCCUUGUCUCGACUUUGUAUAUGAUAUUAUUCCAUUCACAUAAUUUUAUUUUCUACAUGUUUAAAUGUAUCUCUAUUCUUUUACAGCUUCUGAAUUUUUAAUCUUAAGAUUUAAGCUUCACAUAUAAUAUUUUAAGUGUUCUUCUGUAUAGUUUGUAUAUCUUUUGGGAAAAUGAUUCAUUGCUUUUCUUGCACAUGGAUAGCCACAGUGGCAGAUUCUGUUGCUUUUCUGAACCAGUAUGCAAUCCCCAAACUCCUCUAUCACUGCUUACUUUACCUUUUUUUAAAAUUUAACUUUUAUUUUAAGUUCAGUGGUACAUAUGCAGAUUUGUUACACAGAUGUCAUGGAAGUUUGUUGUACAGAUUAUUUCAUCACCCAAAACCCAUUAGUUAUUUUUCCUGAUCCUCUCCUUCCUCCCACUCUUCACCCUCCAAUAGGCCCCAGUGUGUCUAUGUCCAUGUGUUCUCAUCAUUUAGCUCCCACUUAUAAGUAAGAACAUGUGAUGUUUGGUUUUCUGUUCCUAUAUUAGUUUGCUAAGGAUAAUGGCCUUCAACUCCAUCCAUAUCCCUGCCAAGGACAUGCUCUCAUUUUUUAUGGCUUCAUAGUAUUCCAUGAUGUAUAUGUACCACAUUUUCUUUAUCCAGUCUACUAUUGAUGAGCAUUUAGGUUGAUUCCAUGUCUUUGCUAUUGUGAGUAGUGCUGCAACAUCAUCAUCUUCUGAAACUGGUAGUGGCCAAAUGACUUGCUUCAGCCCAAGAGAAGCAAAACACUGGUAGAUGUAUCGGGAAUACCUUUAUUUCCUAAGAAAAGAGACAGACUUAGCUGUAACCAUCAAUUCCAUCCCUUUUCCUGCCUGGUAUAUUAUGCCUCCAGCAGUGGUGGUCUUCUUUCAACCAUUGGGGAAAGGCCAAAAGAUUCACUGACACUGGUCCUGAUGUUACUGAGUCAAAAGUAGCAGCAACUUAACUACAGACUUCAGCUAUGUGGUAAAAAUAAACACGUUUUGACAUAAACCA